AUGACGCACUGCAGCCUGAUGGGUGCCUCGGACGUGUUCACCACCACAGGCAAGUGGUACUUCCCUGACUCGCCAGAGGUGCAAAAACAGUUGUUUGAGAACAUCGAUUGGCUCUUCUUGCGGGGGAUGUACCACUACAUGUCGGAGAGGCAGACGCCCAGAUUUCCCUUUAUCGAGGACCUGGACGUCCAGUGCCGCACGGACUGGGAGGGUGAGCUACCGGCUGGUCAAAAGCCGCGCCCGCCCGACGACUUGCUCAUAAAGAGGCCAAUGCGAACAGGCGACAAGGUCCACGGGGAUCCAGGUGAGAUGAUGAGGCGGCGAGCCCAUGCCAUCCACAUGGUGUAUCCGCAGCUGGAUUAUCUUGAGGUCCUGGUUUAUAGCGCGUCGGGAUACAAUAAGGGCAAAGACAUGCUGAAGUCGUCGUUUCAUCUAGUCUGGCCGCAGCUGGUCGUCGACGCGGACCGGGCGCCAGUCAUAAGGCACGUCACUCUGGGCCUGUUCCAAAAGGAGACGCUGCGGCAGGGGUCGUUCUUGUCACAUCUGCAGAAGCGUCUCCUGCAGUUACACGAGUCGAACAAUUGGGAGCUGGUGUUCGACAGCACGACGAUCAACGCGCGCAAUGGGCUCCGGUUGCCAUAUAGCGACAAAGCGUCCAUGGUGAUUGAAAGUGCUGAAGACCGGCAGAAGGUGAAGGAAGGUAAGCUUUCCAAGACAAAGGCGUUUAAGAAACGAGUGAAGGAGGAACGCCCCUCCAAAGCAGUGGGCAAGAUUCGGUUCGAGUUCGACAAGGAUCAGAAGACUGGCAUGGACAUCAUCUCGUCAGCGGCUUGGACGAAGGACGACAAGGACUAUACCAUCGCGCAGUGGAUUCUGAUGGGGUCCUGCCGCUUAGACCCGCAUCGGCCAGACCCCGUCGCGCUGACUGACUGGCAGUUAACUCAAGAUGUGCUGACGAUGCUGCCGACGAAGCCCGGGGAGCAGUUCUACUUCGAGGGCGAGGCCGACGGCGAGGGCGGGCACUGGGUCACGCACAAGCCGUUCCCUCAGAUUCGGCGGGCCACGAUGGACACGAGGGAAUUCACCAUCCAGUUCAAUGAGGCGCUGAGCGACGAGCAGGACGCGCUGAAGGAGGAGCAGCAGCUCGAGCUCCUGCGCCAGGUGGUUGGCUCCUGGGUAUCGGUGACGGAGACCCAGGCGAUAUGGCGCUCCGCUUCUCUAAACCAGUGCGAGGCCAAGGUGCCAGACAGGCUGUGGGGCACGAGGCGGAUCAAGAGACCCGCCGAGGUGGUCUACAUCAAGAAUAAGCAGAAGGUGCUCGUCGAUGGGCCGUCGGAGGUGGUUGAGGCAAUCAUCAGAGCGCUCAAGCCAUUCACGAAGCCUGACGACAAUGCAGUGAUGCCCAUCUACGACGUGGCAAAGAUUUCGUAG